AUGAAAGGUGGAAGGCGAGCAUCACUGACUCUGCCUGGUCGGGACCCUCCGCCAAUACUUCUCCUCUACGACCAAUCACACCACCGGCCAGCAUUAUCUCGUCGUUCAUCCUCGGUCAGGCCGCCCGCUGAGCCCGUGGACUACAUGGGCCACCUGUUUACUGUGAUGAGUAUGCCGUACUUCCCCUACGCUGUGGUGACCAGGCACGAGACCACACAGAGGGCGCUGGGUCUUGGACAGUCUCUGGAAGCCUACAUGUUAAACACCAUAGCAGCUCACCUUAACUUUACGUAUGCGAUCCAGGAGCCGGAGGACGGGAAUUGGGGAGUGGUCCUACCCGACGGUAACAUGACGGGGAUCGCAGGGUACCUACAGAGGCAGCAGGUGGAUUUUUCCCUCUUACUAUCAGCCACGACAACGAGAGACCAACAAAUGCUCUUCACCCGGAGUUACAGCUACGAGGAGCUGGUCAUUGUCUCUCUCAAGCCCCAGCCGCUGCCUCUCUACCUGUCGCUAAUUAGACCUUUUACAGCAAAAAUAUGGCAGCUGUUGUUGGUGGGCGUCUUAUCGUGGGCCAUUACCUUGUGGCUGCUGCAGAAGGCGUGGUCGAAGGUGUCGGCUGGUCGUCGUCAUCUUAGGCUCACUGUAGCCUUCUUCUACAGCGGGGGUCUACUGCUUGAGGACCCCCCCAACAAUCCACCCUCCAACAUGGUAGCCCGAAUAUUGAUUGCAUGGUGGCUAUUGUUCUGCAUGAUCAUCACAUCGGCCUAUCGCUCCUCCCUCAUCGCUCACCUCACCGUCCAGGGCUGGUCGUUGCCUAUAGAUCACUGGGAAGACCUCCUAAAGAAAGAUGACUGGACCUGGGGAACUGAGACUUCGAUGUUUACAAGUGCUGCCUCUCUCUACUUCACCAUGAACCCAGAUCCAGUAGUAAGGCAGAUAUAUGACCAGUAUGAGACGGAGAGCCCGGAUGUAGGGUUGCAGAAGGUGCUGGCGGGGAAGCACUCAAUCGUCUCCUGGGAAUAUUACAUCACAGACAUCAUCAACUCCCACUACUCCGACCAACACGGCCAACAUCCUUUCUACAUCAGUAAAAGAGGCUACCUACAGGGCAGCGGCUACGCUUGGUCUUUUAGGCUCGGGGCGCCCUACUAUCGUCCAAUUAGAGACCUGGUGCAUCGACUGGAAGAGGUGGGUCUGGUGUCGCAAUGGUUGAAGGAAGUCAUGGCUACACGGAAAAGGAAAGGCAAGGGAGUAGUCACAAACAACGACCAGAGCACCGACGGGCAGGUGGUGUUGGGACUGCACCACCUACAAGGCACCUUCUAUCUUCUCUUUAUGGGAUAUGGCAUCGCCCUCCUCAUCCUGCUGGGGGAGAACCUCGCGUGCUGUUACUCCCGACGUCAGAACUCUGGACAGUAA